GUAUUCAAAACUUUCUAGAUGUCGGUUUGUUUGUUUUUAUUCUCAAACAGAGUGUCACGUCUUCAAUGUUGGCAGUAAUUAUUCUGUGUCUCGGGCUAAUAGCCCCAUCCUCACCAGAAAUUAACUUCAAAUCAGAGCAAGUUCUAACUGUAUGCGAUGCUUUUAACGUUUGGCACACGCAGAAAGGAGACCCAAUUCCGGAAUGUCCACAACUCCCUUCGGCGGCAGAUUUUUUCGAGAAUUUGAGGGAAAAAUUGUACGAGAAACAAUGUGAAACCAACGCUACCGUCUCUCAAUCUGAAAUAAGUUUACUCGAACAUGGCAUUUUGAUCGUCAAGCAAUUCGUGGAUAGUAUCAAAGACGGUUUGGAGGAAUUAGGAAUGGCAUUGAUUUAUGCAGCAGAGGAUGUUAGUGGUUUGGAAUCUGCGAGAAAACGAUGGAAUCAUCGAGUGUAUUCGAUCUUAGCAGGAUCGUGUUUUUUGUUAUUUUAUUUGCAUUGCCGGAAGAUGAGUGCAUUACUUUUCAAUGCCAUUCUGGCAUUGAUCACGUCCGGUGUUUUCUAUUUUGUUAAUUUAUACUAUCACAGCUGGUUCACUAUUUGGCUUUUAAUUGUGGUAGCUAUUUUUGUUGGCAGCCCUUUGUACGUUCGGACAUGGUUACCAGGUCUUGGUGCUAUGACUUUCAUCCAUUUAGCUAUCCCACUUCUAAAUUUAGUUCUGCGAUUGAUUAUAGAAACUCAGCUUUUUUUGGGACCGAUGCUCACUUUAAUCAUCAAUAGUUUUUCUAUCCUUAUCCACGUUUUCUGUUUGAUUGGCCUCUAUAUUGAUGAGAAAUUAAUGGUCGUCAAAGUUAUACUGCUCCCAUUUUACCAAACAUUUCUCAGUCUCUUUGAUUUUAACGGGCGACACUCUGAGCUCAUUAAUUCCAUUAGACUUUCAGUAGAUGACAUGACGACAGGCUUUUUCUCGUCAACGGAUUUUAAAGGGAAAAGUAUUGAGCAGCUGGAUGAGAUGUUAGCUAGCCGAUUGCGACAAUUAUGUGUGAACGUGACCACUUCUUGGUAUUCGACUUGCCCAGUUUUUUUUGCUCGUUCGUGCACUGCUUACAUCGACCAGACAGAAUUAGCCAAGUUAGAUCAAGGCUUUGAUAUAGCUGGCCAAUGGUUAACUAGUUUAAUUCUUCCAUCCUCCAAAAGCACAGGAUCAGUUCAACGAACUCUAUCCAAACAACUUUGCCAGCAGAUCUCUCAUUCCGCUUGUCGAGCUAUUGACAUAGCCGCCUAUUGUUCACCGGAUGAUACUUUCUACGGUCAAGCUUACCAUACUUUCUUAACAGCAGUGGAAAAGCUUAAAGCGUCAAUGGUUAUCGAGCCUUGGCUUCAUUUUAACUUCACGCUUUUUGAUUCUGGAAUGACAGCUCAUGUUUCGUUCGAUACUGUUUGGAUCUUCUUUGUGCGCAGGAUUGCCAGCCUUUGCUUGGUCGCUUUUUUUCUAUUCGUACUCUUCCGCGCUCUCAUUCAAUCCAUUUUUUUCUUGCGUCGGUACAGGACAGACUUCCUCUUUUGCAGUGAAGCAACCGGUUUGUCAUGGCAAUCUGUAUCCAACACUAAAUUGAUGGUGAAAGUGUUGCUUUUCUUUCUGAGUGAAAAAGCAAUGAAAUGGAUGCACGAGCAACUCCAAGAAAUCCAGUUUAUCGAGCCUGAAAGAGGUGAAGCUCGAUUGGCCUUUAAUGUCCAAGGCAAUGGAACGAUUGCCAACGUUAUGCGCUCCCUUUUUGGUGGGUUUAGUCUGCAAAGUAAAUAUUGUACCAAAGCUGAUAGUUCGGUUUGCAUCACUCCUUUCUUUCCGGUAGGUUGGUCCACUUGGAUUUUUCUUUUCAUUCUUGCCGGAUUCUAUGUUCUUAUUGGGAUGUACGCAAAGAAAACAGACUCUCUAAUGUGUCGUAUCUGUGGUCGUUUAAUCGAACAUGUACGACGUGAGAGGAAGCGAGUACAGCAGGAGAAUUCAAGAAGGGAACGGAUAAGAAAACGGUUGGUUGUACAGACCCUAGCUGAGGAAGCACUUUCCAGGUGUGAGCCGGAAGAUAGUCAAGUAGUACUCCGUUUCUAUCACCCUCCGCGUCGUUGGUAUCACAAUCGAUUCACACCAAAUAUAGUCCAGUCCAUAAUUGCUUAUUUCAAGUUUGGAGCCGAGAACAUUGGAUGUCAAAUUUGCCUUAACGAAACAGCAACGACUCGCUUUAAAUGUAGAACUCUUCUUUUUUGCAACGGUUGCAGUAUUUACCUGAAACGAUGCCCUUGUGGCUGUCGAAGUUUUCAAAAAUCUCAAUUUCGUUAGAAAAUAUUUAUUUAAAAAAUUUAAACUUCUGAGUAAGCUAUAAGAAUAAAAACUUGCAGGAUCGGAUACUUCAGAUAGCUUUUUCAAGCCACUUUUGAUGUUCCUCGAUUUUAAUAAAUUUAUGUAUCGAAGUACUCGUGUAAAAGCAUGAAGCAUUGAAAUAUCUUAUUAUUUACUUCAAAUUUUGUCUGAUUUUAUUUAUUUUUUGUUGCGAAUCGAAAACCAAAGCAGGUAGGGCUUUUUGAAUUUGUACUCGUUUUUA